GCCGCGGAUGCCGAGUCGAGGCUGGCGGCCAUCGCGAGCGACCUGGAGGACGAGCGCCAGCGCUCGGAGGAGCUCGAGCGCAGGGUGGCCGCGCACGAGGAGCGGGAGCGCGUGCUCGCCGCCGCGGCCGCGUGCGCCACGCCGCGGCAGGAGAGCCCCGACCAGAGGGUCUCCCAGCUGCAAGCCCAGCUGGAGGCGGCCGAAGAGGAGGCCCAGCGCCUGCGGGAGUGGCUGGACGAGCAGUCCCUCCGGGAGCUGACCGCCGAGACGCAGCGCCUGGAGGAGAUCAAGCGCGUCCGGGAGGACGUCGGCGCGCAGGUGGAGGCCGCGAAGAAGGAGGUCCUCAACGAGAACAAGGACCUCCGGGUGCGCAUCCGCGAGCUCGAGAAGGGGCCCGAGGGGACCGUGCAGGUGAAGGUGCGCCUGAUCGAGCUCGAGAAGAAGCUCGGCGAGCAGACAGAGGCGCUGAGUGCGGCCGAGACCGAGAGGGACCGGCUGAGGCUGCAUGCCGAGCAGGCCUCGAAGGAGACCUCGUCGCUCCGCCGGGAGCUCGAGUCGGCGAGGGACGGGGCGCGGGCAGCGCCCGGGCCUCAGAGGAGAGGCGAGGCCUCCAGGCAUCCCUGUCGCGGCUGGAGGCGGACAAGAGCGUGGUGGAGGAGGAGAGUUCGCGGAGGAGAAGGAGCGCCUCGAGGCACAGCUCAGGGCGCUCCGCGUGGAGCACGAGGUGGCGAUGGACACCAAGUGCCAGGAGAUCGGCACCAUCCGCGGCGCCGAGCGCGACGCGUGGUCGCGCCGGGAGAAGGAGCUGGAGGGCUCCCUGGGCCAGGUCAGGGCCCUCUGCGCGGAGGCCCGGUGGCGGCUGCUCGCCGAGGCGGCCCUGCAGCGGCACUGCGAGGCGAGCGCGGACGCGAGCUGGGCCGAGGUGCGCGGCGCCGCGGCGAGGUGGCGGGUCCUGGCCCGUGGGCACGAGAAGGACACCGACAUGCUGGCGCGCAACGCCGACGAGAUCGAGCGCCUGGACUCCGAGGCAGAGGCGCUGCGGAGCCAGAACAGGGACCUCCUGCUCUCGCUGCAGGCCGCGCAGCAGGAGCUGCAGGUGAACGUGGCCGAGUGCCGCAGGCUCCAGGAGCGCGAGGACGCUUACGAGCAGGAGGUGGACCGCGUCUGUGGGCAGAAUGCAGCUCUCGGGGGGCACUCCAACCACAAGCAGAAGAUCAAGCACCUGCAGGCGAUAAAGGAAGAGAACAUGUCUUUGCGUCAAGAGCUCAAGAAGACCAAACUGGCGGUGGUUCAGCUGGAGAAUCAGGUCCGGAGCUCCCACUUCUUCGAAGUCGCGUGCGACGGUGUUCCCACUGCAGCUGCGUCGUCUGGCCAGCACACCCCGGCGCGGCCCCCGCGAAAGGACAGCAGCCAGCCCACCACCCCCAGCCGCGCGAGGGCCGGGCAGCCGCCGAGGACGCCGGGCCAGCCGCGCACGCUGGGCUUGAGCGCGUCCACCGGCUGCCUGAACCCAGGAACGGACGCGGCAGGGCGGCCGCCGCCGGCCGCGGCGGAGACCCUCGCGGCGCUCGGCGACGGCCGCCCGGAGGCGGCGCGGCGCGAGCGCGCCGAGGCGCUGCGGCAGGCCCGCGCGCACCGCCGGGCGUCCGAGCGGGCGGUGCCGGGCCUCGGCUGCUGCCCCCCCGGGGGCGGGCGGCCGGCUGCAGGUACGAGGACGAAGGACGAGGGCGAGGGCGACGGCGACGACGAG